CUCCGGGGCCUCCGUGGGAGGGACGUGGGACGCUGGCGGCUCGGGCUCCGUGCUUGCGGCUGACGCUGCCCCUUAAUUGUUCGGAGCGUUACCGGCCCGGUAGCACGUCCCACCAGCUGGUUUCACUGUCCGGAGCUGCGCCGUGUUACCCAUCCUGCUUUCACAGAAAGACUGGAUUCGCUGCAGAAACGCCUUCCAUUGGACUAAAUGAAGAGCAGAAAGAGUUUCAGAAGGUGGCUUUCAACUUUGCUGCCCGGGAGAUGGCUCCACACACAGCAGAGUGGGACCAGAAGGAGCUGUUCCCAGUGGACGUGAUGCGGAAGGCAGCCCAGCUGGGCUUUGGGGGGGUCUACAUGCGCACAGAUGUAGGAGGGUCUGGACUGUCACGCCUCGAUGCCUCUGUCAUCUUUGAGGCCUUGGCCACCGGCUGCACGAGCACCACCGCCUAUAUAAGCAUCCACAACAUGUGUGCCUGGAUGAUUGAUGCUUUUGGAAGCGAGGAGCAGAGGCACAGAUUCUGCCCCCCACUCUGUGCCAUGGAGAAGUUUGCUUCCUACUGCCUUACCGAACCAGGGAGCGGGAGUGAUGCCGCCUCCCUCUUGACCUCAGCCAAGCGACAAGGAGAUCAUUACGUCCUCAAUGGCACCAAGGCCUUCAUCAGUGGUGGAGGCGAAGCGGACACCUACGUGGUCAUGUGCCGAACAGGAGGGCCAGGCCCCAAAGGCAUCUCCUGCGUGGUUGUUGAGAAGGGGGCCCCUGGCCUCAGCUUCGGCAAGAAGGAGAAGAAGAUGGGGUGGAACUCCCAGCCAACCCGAGCGGUGAUCUUUGAAGACUGUGCUGUACCCGUGGCCAACAGAAUUGGGGCCGAGGGCCAGGGCUUCCUCAUUGCCAUGCAAGGACUGAAUGGAGGAAGGGUCAACAUUGCGUCCUGCUCCCUGGGCGCUGCUCACGCCUCGGUCAUCCUUGCUCGAGACCACCUCAAGAUCCGGAAGCAGUUUGGAGUGCCUCUGGCCAAUAACCAGUACCUGCAGUUCAAGCUGGCUGACAUGGCGACCAGGCUGGUGGCCUCGCGGAUGAUGAUCCGCAGUGCGGCAGUAGCUCUGCAGGAGGAGCGGGAGGACGCGGUGGCCCUGUGCUCCAUGGCCAAGCUCUUUGCAACUGAUGAAUGCUUCGCCAUCUGCAACCAGGCACUGCAGAUGCACGGGGGCUACGGCUACCUGAAGGACUACGUGGUUCAGCAGUACGUGCGGGACACCAGGGUCCAUCAGAUCCUCGAAGGCAGCAACGAGGUGAUGCGCAUGCUGGUCUCCAGGAGCCUCCUGCAGGAGUAGCCCGGCCCGGCCCAUGUGUGAGCCAUGCUGAGUGCACCCUGGACUCGCUCCAGGGUGCAGCCUUCCUGGGGGACCUUCGGAGCAUCCACUGCAGGACCAGAGGAGCCGCCCCAAUUGGGCCGACGCAGGAAGACCACUGCCUUGCUCUGGUGUGGAGGGCGACCGCUGGGCACUGACCCCAGACCACUGCCCUUCCUGACCCACACGGUCUUGACUGGUCUGUAGUUUGCCUGCUCACCAGAUCCUCUCCCGGGGACGUGAGUGCUUUGGUAGAGGGUUUUCCGGAUUGUAAAGCAGAGAGAAACGGUGAGAAAACGUCAUCUCUUUCUGUCCCUUGUGCCUCAGCUCAGGACACAGAAGGUUCCUGUGGGUUGCAGCAGCCCCUCUGAGAGUAAAUCAUGAUAAAAUGAGUGUCUGGGAGCUCUUCUCUGAAGCUGUGUAUGAUUCAGGGUGUGUCUGCACCGGGGCCACCCGAAUACCAAGGGCUGAGAUCGUUUGGAGUUUAGAUGCGUGCUGUUUCCCGAGCAUCUGAGUGAUGCUCAGAGUGUCUGCUACCUCCCCUGAUAAGUGCUUUGAGGAUGCUUUUUUCUAUCUGAGCUUUGUUUUUCUUUCUUGCUUCUGUUUUUAAGUGUUUUAAUCACUACAUUUAUGAAUAAAAGAUAUCCCUCUCUACCUUCUCCAGGUCUAUUAAAUUUUUAUUUUAUCUUCCUAACUAAGCCUUCACAACUAUUUUUUAAAAUUUAAUUAAACAUUUAACUCAACUUUAGAACAAUAAAUAAAAAUCUCUCCUUGAUUAAGUUGGUUUUUAAAAAAUAGGCCCCUAAAAUUACUAAUAGUUUUGUGAGCUAAGUGCUGUUUAUGGUUCAUGAAAGUAGAUUUAAAGUAACACAGAUGGGGACUUUGGAGACCCUGUUGGAGGUGAUCCUUACAUUAUCCAACCCCGUCAUCUCUACAGGAAAAAAUCUAAGGUAUUUUGUUACACAUCAGUGUUUGCAAGAGACCAAUAUGUGCACUGUCAGCUACUGUGAAGGAAAAGCCAGGCUGGGCCUACUCGUAAAUCUAAGUUAAUAAGUGUCGGUUUGCUGAUUCCCUGCUCAUUUUUUUUGCUAGCCAGCUGGAUUUUCAGAGAGACACAUCUGGCCUUGGAAUGUCGGUCUGCUGCCUCCCUGCCUCUGCUUUUGUGAUAAUGGUGCUGCUACAGCUGUUCCGUGCCUAUUGGCCGAAUACCCCAAGCUUGUAAUUAACCCUAUAAAACCUCAUGCACACGUCUUGGAGGUGCUCAGAGCUUCGGAGCAAAAGUCCCUCUUGAGCCCACUGGCGUAAUAAAUCUGAGUACUCCAACCCUCCGA